CUCGCUGAUUGGCUGGAAGCGAUUCAACACACGCCAGGCAAAGAGCUUUGUCUGAGUUGAAGAGAAGUUGUAGAGAUUUUCAGACUGGAGUCAGCAAUCACGGGUGUUUAGUCUGCAGUCGAGCAGAGAAAGGGAAAGGAAAAAGAAAAGAAAAGAAAAGAAAAAUCAGGAAUCGCCCGGGAAAGACACACUGCAGACCCCGCCAGCACCCUGCAAUAGAUGGGGACCGAGUCCACGCGGGGAGCCAGGCCGAGGUGACACGCUGCUCCCAGCCGGGAGGACUGGCGGCCACCCUCACCAGGAAGGAUUUCACGCUCCGGUCCAGAAGUCGCCACACGGUGUGUAUGAAUCUGAAGUUUGUGAGCUGUUAAUUGCUGUUUGAUUAAGAGUCGCUUUCAAGUCGCCAGACCUGAUGUGGCUUAGAGCUCUGAGUGGCGGGGAGGAAGUUGAAGGGAUUGCCGGGCUGUGCUAACUCGCCCUGGGAAGGGAAUCUGGGGACUGACCAAUGCACCAAAUGAAUACUAAAAUGCACUUUAGAUUCGCACUUGCGCUUCUGAUGGCGUUUUUCAGCCACGAUGUCCUGGGUAAGAAUCUGAAAUACAGGAUUUAUGAGGAGCAGAGGGUCGGAUCGGUAAUUGCUAGACUAUCAGAAGAUGUGGCGGACGUUCUCUUGAAGCUACCGAACCCUUCUGCCGUUCGUUUUCGAGCUAUGCCAAGGGGGAAUUCCCCUCUCCUGGUGGUAAAUGAGAAUACCGGAGAAAUCAGCAUAGGGGCGAAAAUCGACCGCGAGCAACUAUGCCAAAAAAACUUGAACUGUUCGAUAGAGUUUGAUGUGCUCACUCUGCCUACCGAGCAUUUGCAGCUUUUCCAUAUUGAAGUAGACGUGCUGGACAUCAAUGACAAUUCCCCUCAAUUCUCAAGACCCGUCAUCCCCAUUGAGAUAUCGGAGAGCGCGGCAGUCGGGACCCGCAUCCCGCUGGACAGUGCGUUCGAUCCAGAUGUUGGGGAAAAUUCCCUUCACACCUACUCGCUCUCCGCCAAUGAUUUUUUCAGUAUCGAAGUGAGGACCAGGACAGACGGGGCUAAGUAUGCUGAACUCAUAGUGGUGAAGGAAUUGGAUCGGGAGCUGAAGGCAAGUUACGAACUUCAGCUCACGGCUUCUGACAUGGGAGUGCCCCAGAGGUCUGGCUCCUCCGUUCUGAAAAUAAGCAUUUCGGAUUCCAAUGACAACAGCCCUGCAUUUGAACAGCCAUCUUACACAAUACAACUCUUAGAAAACUCCCCAGUUGGAACCUUGCUCUUGGAUCUAAAUGCCACCGAUCCAGAUGAGGGCGCUAAUGGGAAAAUUGUGUAUUCUUUCAGCAGUCAUGUGUCUCCCAAAAUUAUAGAGACUUUUAAGAUCGACUCAGAAAGAGGACAUUUGACUCUGUUCAAGCCAGUGGAUUACGAAGUCACCAAGUCCUAUGAGAUUGAUGUUCAGGCCCAAGAUUUGGGUCCCAAUUCCAUUCCUGCUCAUUGCAAAAUUAUAAUUAAGGUUGUGGAUGUCAAUGACAAUAAACCUGAAAUUAGCAUAAACCUUAUGUCCCCUGGGAAAGAAGAAGUAUCUUACGUUUUUGAAGGGGAUCCCAUUGAUACAUUUGUUGCUAUUGUCAGGGUUCAAGACAAGGAUUCUGGGCUGAAUGGGGAAAUAAUAUGUAAGCUUCAUGGGCAUGGACAUUUUAAACUUCAGAAGACAUAUGAAAACAACUACUUGAUCUUGACCAAUGCCACAUUGGAUAGAGAAAAGAGAUCUGAGUAUAGUUUGACUGUGAUUGCUGAGGACAAGGGGACACCCAGCCUCUCUUCAGUAAAACAUUUUACUGUUCAAAUCAAUGACAUAAAUGACAAUCCACCUCGCUUUCAGAGGAGCCGGUAUGAAUUUGUCAUCUCUGAGAAUAACUCUCCAGGGGCGUAUAUUACCACAGUGACAGCCACAGACCCAGAUCUUGGUGAAAACGGACAUGUGACAUACACCAUUUUGGAGAGUUUUGUCUUGGGAAGUUCCAUUACCACAUAUGUAACCAUUGACCCUUCUAAUGGCGCCAUCUACGCCCUCAGGAUCUUCGAUCAUGAAGAAGUGAGUCAGAUCACUUUUGUGGUGGAGGCCAGGGAUGGGGGCAGUCAGAAGCAGCUUGCAACUAACACGACAGUUGUGCUAACCAUCAUUGAUGAGAAUGACAACAACCCUGUGGUUAUAGGGCCUGCAAUGCACAAUAACACUGCAGAGAUAUCCAUCCCCAAGGGAGCUGAAAGUGGCUUUCAUGUCACCAGAAUAAGGGCAAUUGACAGAGACUCUGGUGCAAAUGCUGAACUCAGCUGCUCCAUAGUAGCAGGUAAUGAGGAGAACAUCUUCAUCAUGGAUCCCAGGUCAUGUGACAUCCACACCAACAUCAGCAUGGAAUCCAUUCCCUCCACUGAAUGGGCGCUCUCCGUUGUUAUCCAGGACAAAGGCAACCCUCCUCUGCACACCAAAGUCCUUCUGAAGUGCAUGAUCUUUGACUAUGCAGAAUCCGUGACAAGCACAGCCAUGACUUCUGUCAACCAUGCAUCCUUGGAUGUGUCCAUGAUCAUAAUUAUUUCCUUAGGAGCAAUUUGUGCAGUGUUGUUGGUUAUCAUGGUUCUCUUUGCAACGAGGUGCAAUCGAGAAAAGAAAGACACCAGAUCCUACAACUGCAGGGUGGCAGAGUCCACUUACCAGCAUCACCCCAAAAGGCCAUCCAGGCAGAUUCACAAAGGGGACAUUACGCUGGUGCCAACCAUUAAUGGCACGCUGCCCAUCAGGUCUCAUCAUAGAUCCUCUCCAUCUUCGUCUCCAACUUUGGAAAGGGGACAGAUGGGCAGCCGCCAGAGUCACAACAGUCACCAGUCACUCAACAGUUUGGUGACCAUCUCAUCAAACCACGUGCCAGAGAAUUUCUCAUUAGAGCUCACCCACGCCACUCCUGCUGUUGAGCAGGUCUCCCAGCUUCUCUCCAUGCUUCAUCAGGGGCAAUAUCAGCCAAGGCCAAGUUUUCGAGGAAACAAAUAUUCCAGAAGCUAUAGAUAUGCUCUUCAAGACAUGGAUAAAUUUAGCUUGAAAGACAGUGGUCGUGGAGACAGUGAAGCCGGAGACAGUGAUUAUGAUUUGGGGCGAGAUUCUCCAAUAGACAGGCUGCUGGGGGAAGGAUUCAGUGACCUCUUUCUCACAGAUGGAAGGAUUCCAGCAGCAAUGAGACUGUGCACAGAGGAAUGCAGGGUCCUGGGCCACUCUGACCAGUGCUGGAUGCCCCCGCUGCCCUCACCAUCCUCUGACUACAGAAGCAACAUGUUCAUCCCGGGAGAAGAAUUCCCAGCGCAACCUCAGCAGCAGCUCUCUCAUCAGGGCCUUGAUGAUGACAGCCAGCCUGCCGAAUCCGGGGAGAAAAAAAAAAGCUUUUCCACCUUUGGGAAGGACUCUCCCAGCGAUGAGGACUCGGGGGACUCCAGCACAUCAUCUCUGCUGUCAGAAAUGAGCAGUGUGUUCCAGCGACUCCUCCCUGCAUCCCUAGACACCUAUUCUGAAUGCAGUGAAGUGGACCGUUCUAACUCCCUGGAACGUCGGAAGGGUCCAGCGCAGGCAAAAACUGGGGGUUACCCACAAGGGGUUGCGGCCUGGGCAGCCAGCACACAUUUUCAGAACCCCACUAGCAGCUCUGGGACCCCUUUGGGGACUCACUCCAGCGUGCAGCCUUCUUCUAAGUGGCUGCCAGCCAUGGAGGAGAUCCCUGAAAACUAUGAGGAAGAUGAUUUUGACAAUGUGCUCAACCAUCUUAGUGAUGGGAAACACGAACUCAUGGAUGCCAGUGAGUUGGUGGCUGAGAUCAACAAACUGCUUCAAGAUGUCCGCCAGAGCUAGGGGACUUGGGCUAAGCUUUUGUGUUUCCGUGUGUGGAAUUAGGGGACAGAGAAAACCCCUGAAAAAACUGGCGUUGCCAAAUAGUUGCAUUUAUCAUAAAUGUGUCUGUGUAUAUUGAAUAUUAAAUACUGUAUUUUCGUAUGUACACGAUGCAAGUGUGAUUAUUUUAAUCUGUAUUUUAAAAAUACAUUUGUACCUUAUAUUUAUGUGUAAUUUAACAGACAAAUUUUAUUUUUUUACUCCCAUGACAAACAUGUUUUUCCUAAUCACGCAGAAUUAGCCACUAUUUGAAUCUAUGUCCUUUUCAACCAAAGGUACUGCUUAGAUUAGUUAAGUUGGGGCAGAAUUAUGCUCUAUGAACAACCUCAUUAAUGCAUUAGGUAAUUCUUAAUUUUCUUAAGAAAUGCAACUCCCUUUUCAAUAUUUAAAAAAAUUAAGCAAUUUUAUGAUUAAUAUUAUCACUGCUUUCUGUUAGCUAUGACGGAUAACUUCUUACAUCAAUAUGGAGGACAGGCAUAAACCUAUUUUAGACCUAGAAGCAUCCUGAGGUGUUUAAUAGGAAGCCAAUGACAUGGGAAUUCUUUGUAGCAAUGGUGUGUUCAUCCAUGUUGCCCUGCAGUGAGUGGUUCCUGUCAUUGCAGGGCAUCAUACUGGCUUGGUACUGAGAACAUUUUUCCAGUAGCAAAAUGUCUACUCAUAAUUUAAACUGAACAGUGAAUCUGCUUUGAUCCUUGCCAUAUGAAAUGUGAUCUAAUGAAGUGGAAUGUGUAGCCUAAAUGAAUAGCAUUAUGUAUUCUAUCAGCAUGGAGUGUUAAUAGAUAAAGACAGAUAUGUCAGUACUCCAUCCCCCACCCUCAUGGGUAGUAAAUAUAGUUGAUUUAUCUGAGACUCCUAUUUGAAUUUCUCCCUCUCUUCUCAUAAUACUUGAACAUUUUUGUAGCGACUGCAUUGUCUCUUUUGGCUAUAAUCAUUCACUUUUAGCUUUUGUCUCUUGUGCAUGCUUUCAUGGUUUUGCUUGUAAUUUUAGCAUAUGAACAUUUAUAAAGUCAUGUUUUUGUUACUGCAAUUUUGUUUGAUUUAUCGUGUGGCAAAUGGAAACUUUAUUUAUUGUGCUGUUAUCUUCCGUGUGGAAUGCCUUGGUACUCAAGAUUCUUAUUAUGACUAUUAUCAUUUAUGUUCAAGCUUCUAUGAAUGUUAUUUCUAUUAGUACACUAUCUUAAUUGUACUCUUCUGAAAAUUUUACUGUCAGUGAAAAUAAAAGGAAAAUUAAAGCGAA